CUGCGCAGUUGGUGUUAUUGUGACUGUCGGGCCGUGGCCCCGGAUGUUGUGGCUGCCGGGGGGAGAUGGCGGAGGCUGAGGGGGUGGCCGUGGCCCCAGGCCCAGCUUCGGGGCAGAGUUUCGGGGGCCGCCGCAGUAUGUCAGGCUCCUGGGAGCGUGACCAGCAGGUUGAGGCGGCGCAGCGGGCCCUGGUGGAGGUGCUGGGGCCUUACGAGCCUCUGCUGAGCCGGGUGCAGGCAGCCCUGGUGUGGGAGCGGCCAGCCAGGAGCGCCCUGUGGUGCCUGGGGCUGAACGCGGCUUUCUGCAAUUUAGGAAACACAGGUGGAUCCAUUAGCUCAGGUAUUAGAAGACUGGAUAGGAAUACAAACAAAUCAUCAGAAUUCAGGUUCUUUGCCCUGACAUCCCUUCGUCUUGUGUUUUUACUUGCAUUCAGCUCAAUGAUCAUUGUGUGUAUAGAUCAAUGGAAGAGCAAAAUCUGGCCUGAAAUAAAAGUGCCAAGACCCGACGCAUUAGACAAUGAGAGCUGGGGCUUUGUGCACCCUCGGUUGCUCAGCGUGCCCGAGCUCUGCUACCACGUAGCUGAAGUCUGGGUUAGUGGGACCAUUUUCAUAAGGAACCUUUUGCUUUUCAAAAAGCAAAACCCAGGCAAGUUCUGCUUGCUGAGCUGUGGGAUACUGACCUUUUUGGCUGUCUUGGGCCGCUACAUCCCUGGGCUCCUGCUCUCCUACUUAAUUCUUGUCACUGUCAUGAUGUGGCCCCUUGCUGUGUACCACCGACUGUGGGAUCGAGUAUAUGUACGGCUGAAGCCAGCUCUGCAGCGGCUGGACUUCAGUGUCCGUGGCUACAUGAUGUCCAAGCAGAGAGAGAGACAAUUGCGCCGCAGAGGUCUACACCCAGAACGUGUUGGGGACAACCACAGUGACAGUGAAGAGGAACUUGCUGCCUUCUGUCCUCAGCUGGAUGAUUCUACUGUUGCCAGGGAAUUGGCCAUCACAGACUCUGAGCACUCGGAUGCUGAGGUCUCCUGUACAGACAACGGCACAUUCAAUCUUUCACGGGGCCAGACACCUCUAACAGAAGGCUCUGAAGACCUAGAUGGUCACAGUGAUCCAGAGGAAUCCUUUGCCAGAGACCUUCCAGACUUUCCUUCCAUUAAUGUGGAUCCUGCUGGCCUGGAUGAUGAGGACGAUACCAGCAUCGGGAUGCCCAGCUUGAUGUACCGUUCCCCACCAGGAGCCGAGGAGCCUCAGGGCCCCCCUGCCAGCCGGGAUGAGGCUGCACUGCCGGAGCUUUUGCUUGGCGCCCUGCCUGCAGGAUCCAACCUCACCAGCAACCUUGCUAGCCUGGUCUCCCAGGGCAUGAUCCAGCUGGCCCUGUCAGGGGCCUCCCAGCCAGGCCCUGCUGGCCUACCUCCCCGGAGAGCCACAAGAGGUGUCCUCCGGGCCCCCAGUUCAGACCUGGACACUGAUGCUGAGGGGGAUGACUUUGAACUUCUGGACCAGUCGGAGCUGAAUCAGCUGGACCCUGCCAGUUCCAGGAGCCACUGAGGCAGAGACUCCCCUUGGGGGUCAUUGUGGUUUAGGUUUUUUUUCUCCCCGUUCCACUUAAGGUGAAGGGGCAAGGGAAGAACCCAGGUCCCAGCCCCUGAAUUAUAUAUGUAUGCUCAGUAGCCUGGCAGAUGCUCAGAGGCCUGAUGAGAGAGGAUACUCACUCCUCUGCUACCAGCUGGACACUGAUUUCUGAGCUCAAGUCACUGAGGUGAGAGUGUGCUCCCCUGAGGGACACUUCUCUCCAUCAGGAUGGUGGUAUUUUGGGGGAACAAAGUAGUCAGGGGUAUUGGUUCCCUUUGAGGGGAUGCUGCUGUGUGCUUCUAAGUAUGGGUGCUCAGAAGCCCUCAGUGAUAGAUCCCUUCCUUCCUUCCUCCCUUCCUUUAUCAUCUCCCGAGAGCUCCAAGUCAGGCAGCUGGGAGAGUUACACUGUCAUCUUCCUCUUUUGCUAAGCCAUGCUUUGAUUUGCCUUUUUCUAAGCAAGCUUGUCCUUUGGUUCUGCAGAGCAGGCCUGUUCCCUCUGCCCCGGCCCAUCCUCAUUUCUUGAGGCCUAACCUCCAGUGCUCCAAAAUGUUGCUUGUGAAAUUUAAGAAUGUGAACAUGAGGUGGGGGUGGGCCUCUUCUACAUUACUUUGGGCCAUGGAGUCAGCUGGCUGGGAGGGUGAGUGCCUCUAUAUCUCAUGGUCUCACUGAAUCUUUUGGAGCUGCCUGGUUAUUUUUGGUGCUGCUAACCCCUGGCUCCAUUUGCCCAUCAGCCUGAGCAGUGAGCAAAGCAAUACCAUACCAUACCCAUUUCCAUGUUCCUGUUCCUUCCCCUGCUCCUCCUUUGGAGAAGCAAUAAUCCCACAUGGGCGAUGUCAGAGUAGCACUUUACAAAUGGCUCAGUGGCAUUCAUCCCAGGAGCCACCAGCUCUUCUUGCACCAGCUAUUCUUUCUCCUUGUUCAGCUCCUUUAAUAAUUUUGUUUUCAACUCCUUCCCACUUUGGCAGGGCUUCUUUUAAGGAUGAGCCCAGUUAGCAAGAAUGUGUCUAUAAUCAGCAGAGACCCCUGUAAGGGUUAUCUGUUCUACUGCCCCUAAUAAAAUCACGUGAGACAAAAAUUUAAAAAGGUCAUUAGUUCUAAACCUGUGCCUCCCCAAUCAGAGCUCAAGCUGAACUCUUCUGUCCUCUUUCCCUCUGCAUUAACCCUUUGCUGAUCCUCAGGGACCACUCCCCCAACACCCCUAUACCUGGGUGAGGGAUGUUGGACAGAGCCCAUUUUCACGUGCUGCAAGUGGGAGUGUGCUAACAUGUUUGCUCUUGGUUGAUGGACAAGGUAGAGGCCAGGGAGUGAAAAUAGUCAACGGUGAGAAGGGAGAAGAGCUAGGUGUCUGAUUCAUAGUCACUUCCCUUUGUGGAAGGUUAGGGUAACGGCCUCUCCCCACUUUAGUGUUCUCAAGCCGACUUUGGAUACCUUCUCUCUUCCCAGAGCCCAGAUGUCUUACAAGUGAGCUCUGAUGUGGAAAAAAACAGGAGGUGUGGGACUUGGUGUGUUUGCAUGAGUGUGUUUAGCUUCGGGCCUUGGGAAUUGGCAAGAGGGAGGGAGGGAAGGAGAGCAAAAUCUUUGGAAGGUGUUUCUUGUACCUGCGGAUCCUGCUCUGAAUCUCCUUAGUCCUCCACUGUGAAUUGGGAUGGGGAUGAGGGAGGGAGGGGUGCUGG